UUUCACGUUCCCAUCCCAUGACGAGAGACACCGAAGCCAGAGAAAUAAGCAUGUGUUGUCUCCCUGCUCUUUAUCUGGCUGGUUGUGUGGCAUUGUCAUCAUCGUCUCCGUACCAUCACCCAUCAGAGUCAGGUCAGGACGGUUGUCGCCUAUGACGUGAACAUCAAUUUCGGUGCCGUUCCAGGCGCAUUCCCCGCGAGCAACCUUUUUGAAUGGCUGCUUUUGUAAGUUCUUGAGUUCUCUUUUCUCUCUUCUCUCUCUCUCUCUCUCUCUCUCUCUCUCUCCCCCGUUUCAUAUGAUUACCGGAUAGUCCGGGGGUUUGGCGCAAGACACUCGUCGCACUGGUUCUGGCUGAUCCAGGCACAUUUCUUGGCGGUUGAUUGGACAGUGGGCAGCUGGUCAUGGCCCCCCAAAGCACGUCCCCAGAACAACCCCAAAAAGCUUCCGCCUACGGCACCUACGUCAGCGUCAUCGACACUGAUGAGGCGGAAAGUCAAACUCGGACCUCUCCACGAUGCCCGCGCGUCUUAGCCUCCCCUUUCGACUCCAGCCAUCCACCAUAGCAUGGGAUGACUGAACUGAUCCGUUGACAAUUUGUUUUUGCCCAUACGAACAGGAACCCCCUUGGCUCACGCACAUGUCGGCCCCCCCUCGCGCCCAGCGCAGCGACCAGCUGGAUCCCAACUCGCAACACCCGUCCACCCCGUCGCGAGGUGAUGGCGCCGCUUCGUCCGUCUUUUCUCCCGCCCCGAAUCCCACCUAUGCCAUCUUCUCCCCCGCGACCCUGAGCUCGACGAACCCGAGCACCGCCUCGGCCGCGAAGAGGAGGAGCACCAUUCUCGUUCACCAAAAGUCACCCCUGCUUCUCGCGACACCCCCCCAAAUCACACGCGCCCUUGCGUACAGCCACCCGUUUCUCUUGCCGCUCAACAACGUCGUCGGGUUAUUGACAUGGACAACGGGCGAUGCGUGGGAGAGCUUCCUGCUCGUGGCCUUCUUCUGGGCGGUGGUGCUCUACGGGGACUUUCUCGUGCGCGCCACCGGACCUCUGAUACUGGUGUUGAUCCUCAUCAUGGGCAUGUACGGCCGGCGGUUCAGCCCGCUGAGCAGUAGCGGUUGGAGCGAGCCUGGACUUGGUGCAGGGGAUGGUACGGGUGUCGCGACAGAUGCAAAGGGUGCCAAGACGUUGAAGAAGAGCAAGAGCAAGAACUUGUUGGUGGAUGGACUGCCGGAAAAGAAUACCAAGACAGAGAAUGGAACCGCGGCGACUCCUACGGCCGGACACAAGAGGAAUCAAAGCUCGAUGUCGGAGGCGACGAAUACACGACAUCAAAAGACAUUGGAUGAGAUUGUUGAGACACUGAAGGAGUUCACAGCUCGGUGUAAUAUCCUGCUGGAACCCUUGUUGGAGUUGACGGAUUUCUUGAGCACGCAGCAGACGGCCACGUCAGCCACCACCCGGCCGGCGUUGACGACAUUGUUUGUCCGGAUUUUGCUCUGCACGCCGUUUUGGUUUUCGCUUACGCUGCCCCCGUUGAGGAUCAUCACCACCCGCCGGGUGAUUCUUUUUUUUGGAACCAUUAUCCUUACCUGGCAUGCUCGAGUGAUGCGCGUCACUCGGGCUAUCCUCUGGAGAAGCGCCACUAUCAGAAAGUUCUUGACGCUUAUCACUGGUUUGCAGUUUGAGAUACCUGUCAAGGCAGGUGCAACAACCACAGCAACACCGUCUGCCGAUGCUGCCAACACUGUCAGCAGCAGUGCUGUCUCGACCAAAACUAAAAGUUCGGCAGCUGGCACUAUCAAGGCUACUCGCCAUGAGUCGGAGCUGACCAAGGCCCUGCGCCGAGCCAGAGGGGGCCAGGAUACCGGAGUGAGAUUUACGUUUAUUAUCUAUGAGAACCAGCGGCGCUGGGUCGGGCUGGGUUGGACGACGAGUUUGUUUGCAUAUGAGAGGCCGGCGUGGACGGAUGAGCAUAACAAUGCUGUGCCGCAGCGGGAUGAGUUUGAGCUGCCCGAGGUGGAGGACGGGAGUAAUAUGCGGUGGAGGUGGGUGGAGGGGAGUAGGUGGAAGGUGGAUGGGGUGCCGGAUGAGGCUGUGAUGGCGGAGGAUAGGGAAAAGGAGUGGGAUUAUGAUGGGCCCGGAGGGAAGGUGGGGUGGAUUUAUUAUGACAAUAAGUGGCAAAACGGUCGGAGGGGCCAAGAUGGGUGGGGAAAGUGGACACGCCGACGAAAGUGGUACCGCGAUGCUGAGCUUGUCGAGGCAGAUACUGAAGAUGCCGCCGCUGCAGGCAGCGAUGUGAAGUCUAUCCCGUCCAUCGAUCUCAUCCCCACCACACCUGGCACAGCCACAACCAUGACGGUGGGAAGCCCGCCGACUACAAACGAAAGCAAGGAGAGCCUGGCGCUCGAGAGGGAGGAGGAGUACGACUCUGCCUCUAUGCUGUCUACGUCUAGCAGGUCGACGUCACGGUUUAUCAAGCCCUCUUCGCUGAGGAAGAGGGUGACGGAUGCGAGCUCGCUCUCGUCAUCACAUAGACGGAGCGGGAGCAGGAGGGCGAGCGGGGUUAGUGGGAGUUUGGGGAGUAAUUCGGGGGAUUAUGACGAUGCGGGUGUUGGGACUUUGCAGACUAGGCUGGCGAUGCAGGAUGCGGGAAAGGAGGAGGGGAGUUGGGGGGUUGGGGAUGAGGUUAGGAUGGGGUUGGAGUGAGGGGGGUUGUUGUGGGUGGAAGUUGGUCUUUUUGCGCAGUAGGAUUAUGCGUGCUGUUUUUCUUUUUGGUCCAAGGUUGAUACCCGUUUUGGGGGAUUGGGCAAAGGUUUUGUUUAUGUUUUUAAUUUUUUUUUAUAGAUGAGGUCGUCGGGGCCUUGUUGGGUGGCUUUUGCAUAGUUGGCUUUUUUUGGGAGGGGAGGAGAUUGAGAGGGGUUUUUGAUAGAGAGUUGUGAUAAGAUUGCUGAUGAAGAUGAUGAGCGUAUGAUUGUAUCGAAAGGUUUUUUUCUACGAUGAGGAUGUGAAUAAAGUGGAUGCUGGACACGAGGCUAGGACGACAGUGCGCCAAUGUUUGUUUUGGACUUGAUCGCUACCUUAGGCCAGGGUUCAUGAGCCACCUAUCAUUGUCCCUUGUCAAUGGCACCAUUAAGAAGGGGUUUGAAAGUUUUGGAAGCUGAAGGUUUGAAAGUUUGAAGACCAUGGGGUUUAUUGCUUCAAGGUUUGAAGACUUGAAGACUUGAAAGAAUAUCAGGUACACAGCUCGUGUGGGCUUUGGUGAGGAGGUCCGGUGACCUUUGAAUUAGCGUCAAUGUCUGUUCUCUUCGCUCUCGGCAGUUACACUCAGAGGCACUGGCUAUUGACAAUGAGGAAGAGGAUAGGGGCAAGCUUUUAUUGAGCGGUCUAC